GUUUAUCCAUUAUGUAGCAUUCUUAAUGGAAACAAACUCAUCACUAAUAACCUAAAUUUCUUUUCCCUAUAAACCUGUACGAUUUUGUUAUGAUUUUCUCAAAGGUAGACUUUUAAUUUCUCCGAAUUAUCGAAGGACGUUGGCAUGAAAUGCCACUGGUUUAACAGCAAUAUGUGUUGUUUGUUUCGCUAAGGGAGUUGAAGCUGUAUCCUUGCGAAAGUCGGGGUGAAAGGAACACAAAUAAUAUUUUAGUUAUAGCUUCGAGCGCGUAAUCGCGGAGUGAAAUUCGGAUAACUUUUACUGGGGCACGCGUGUUUAUGUCUAUUCAGUAUCCAAGCAACAUUCGUCCCAGUUCUACCAGAAACUUGUUCUGUCUCAAGUCUGCUGCUAGUGCACAUUGAAAAUUAUCUUUUAUUAUCUAACGUUUCCCAUUCUGCGCAACAGCGUGUUACAUCUUAAAAAGCACGACCUUUAGCCUUUUUAGUGAUCCCCCCCAAAACAUCUACGCUGUUUUUUAUUAUUGGCUUCAGUUGUUAGUGUAAACCGAACGGUCAGACAGUACAUAGUUUCUUCAACUCUGCUCGUCUGUACAUUAUUUGUAGUAACUUUCCACUAAAAUGGAUCUCCGUCAGCUGAACGAGGACCAGAAAGUUGCUUUAAAACAGUUCCGUGAAGCGGUCAAAGACUGUGACCUACCAGAUUCGGACGACACCUACCUUCUGCGCUGGCUCAUCGCUCGUCAGUUUGACUUGGCCAAAGCUGAAAAGAUGCUUCGGAAUAAUUUGGAAUCUCGUCGCUUCUAUCAAAUCAACCCCUGUCCAGAAAAUUACGUUGCGCCAGAAGUGUUGGCCAAGUAUUUUCCUGGUGGCCAACUGGGUGUGGACAAAUACAACAACUAUUUGAUGCUUAUUCGUUUUGGAUUGAUUGACGUCAAAGGCCUCUUGCUUUCGGAAAAGCCGAGAGUUUGCUUGACGUACAUGUGUGAAGAUUUAGAGAAGGUUUACUUCAUGGCCAAAAAGGAUCCCAAGAAAUACAAGAGCUCCCCAACUGCCAUCGCGCAGUCAACUGUUAUAAUGGACAUGGAUGGAUUCUCAAUGCGUCAUAUUACUUAUAAACCGGCCUUGGACACCACCGUUAAAGUGGUUCAAAUCAUCGAGGGAAUGUACCCGGAAUUGCUCUAUCGUGUAUACAUCAUCAACGCACCCAAGAUUUUUUCGGUUUUGUAUUCAAUGAUAUUACCCUUCAUCGACGAGCGAACUAGGAAAAAGAUUCAGAUUUUCAGUCACGAUUCCAAACAAUGGAAAGCGGCCAUUCUAGAAGAUGUCGCUCCCGAGGAGUUGCCCGUCAUGUACGGUGGAACCAAGACCGAUCCCGAUGGAAAUCCCAACUGCAUCACGUUGGCAAAUAUGGGAGGAAAUGUUCCAAAAUCUUAUUACAUGAGUAACAAACUCGAUAUGAGCAAUAAGAAGUCUUUGUCGGUUUCUAGAGGAGGUAAGGAGACACUGGAAAUUCAAGUCAAAGAAGCCGGAUCCGUCCUUAAAUGGGAUUUUCAUUCUGAAGACAACGAUAUCUCAUUCGCCGUGUAUCGGAAACAAGGCAGUGAAUUGCUCCCCAUUAUUCCACCAAAUCGGGUCGAGUGUGCCAUGUCUGCCGAAGAAGGAGAAAUACAUUGUAACGAAACUGGAACUUAUGUCGUCGAAUUCGACAACAGCUUCAGCUAUUUCCGCUCUAAAAAGAUUUGGUUCUUAGUUACGGUUGAAUUGACAUCGAUAAACAAGGAAGAGUGAUAUGCACGGCUAUCUACAUCAUCUACAUAAAGUGCCAUAUUAUUAGACAAUGUGAGUCGAAAAAAUAGGUGGUCCUUUUUUCAUUUUUAACAUUUAAUAAACGAAUCCUUGUAGACACUUA